AUGGCUCAGCGACACAUGUGCCCUUCAAUGGGUGCCUUGAGGCGCUCAUUAAUAGGGGAUGUAGCAGCCCUGCCCAAAUGCUCAACGAGGGCACUCCACAGCACAGCGAAGAGACUGGAAGAGCAACCCAGCGAUGCAUCUCCAGCCCACCACUCAGCGCCAAACACACGCAAAGCCCGGCAGGCGACUGCUCUCAAGCAGAUCACCUCGCUUCAGAACCGCCGCAUCCAGCCCGGCGCACUCGCUCGAGGCUCUUUUCCAAGCGGUCAGAUGGCACGACGAGCCCCCCGCUCGCCCUCCACUCCGCUCACCAAGGAUGGCUUCAUCCCCGAAGACAACGCCCCAGCCGAUGCGCAGCCAGACGCAAACCCCCGCUUCGCCCGCAACACAGCACGCCCAACGACGACCCGCGGCUCGACCCCUCCCCAGGGCCAGAUGGUCCGCGCCCCCUCCACACUGCGUGUAACCCGUCAAACAGUUGACGGCCCUGCUCGUGGCCCCGCUCGUGGACCCAACGUGCGUGGCCCCAAUCUACGCGGUCGAGAAGGCGGACGAACAGGACCAGGUGGAAAGCGCGCUGGUGGUGCGCGAGGCAACAACCGUGGUGACGGAGGACCUCAGAAGCGGAAGAAGGGCGCUGGUGGCGAAGAAUCGAUGCCCACUUCCCUUGCGGACGUGAAGAUUGAGGAAACCGUCUCAACGAGCAUGCAGCAACAGCUCUUGCGUCUGCAAAGGAAGGAGUGGGACCGCGUGCCUUACGAGCCCAAGUAUGCCAAGGGCAGUUUUGCCGCCAAUGAGUUGAUACACGCUGGAAGGGAGCUGUUCAAGGGCGAGGCCCCACCAGUCAAGUUUUGGGGACCUCUUGAGCACAGAAUCGGCGUUGUGGGCAUGUUUGGAGCGGAGGCGACUUUGAAGGUUCGCAGGGUGCCCGAUGGCGAUGCAGAGCCAUUUGGACAGGAGGUACUCGAGCAAGAAGGGCCAGUCGAGGCCAAAGGUGCGGAGAAGAAGCAGGCUGUAGCACAAUAG